UCAGCAUUGAUAACAAUCCCAUGCCGUCCAACCAAGAAAGCGAUCGAUCGAAAAUGGGCACGCUCGGCUCACUCAGCAGACAAGACUUCUUGAGAUCAGCGAUCACCAAGCGAUGAAGCGAUGAGGUGCAGCGACCAACAGGCAUGGGACAUGAAGUGCCUGCAACGGCUUGGCAGCACUGUUCUAGGCCCGACCGAAGGGCCGGGACGAAUCAGACCAGAGCUUGCAAAUAUCCGUGUCCGCCUUCAGGGUGGUUGCUAGCCCCGACGGGCAUAGCGUGGACGUGUUCGCUCAGCUUCCCUGUCCCAAAAAUCCUUGGAACCUGGAGAUUUGCUCCAUCUGAACCCGCGAAUCCGCCGCCGCAAUCAAUUGAGAGCCUCGACAGGUUCUCGCCCUGGGGCUAGAAGCUCAGAGCUCAGACGUCGUUUACGGUUUUGCUUUUUGAUUGAUUUCGUCCUUCUAUCAUCUGUCUGUCAGUGCUGUCAGUCUGUCCGUCUCUCGUCCGCCUUGUGCCUGUCCUGUUCGUCUUCUUUGUCAGCCACGUGUUGUCCCCAGCAAUCAGAUCAUCCGAACCUCCUGACCUGACAGGCCCUCCCGAUCUAUCUCGGCUUGCUUUGACUAUCUGAAAACCGAACCGACGCACAUAACCCACAGACGACACCUGUCGGCCACCAUCCUGUCCACAUCUUUAUGACUCGGUCGAGCCGGUAUUGAGUCCAAUCGCCGUUCACCUACGAGCAACCGAAGCCCUGGAUAUCGCCUUCCCUCCCCCGAACUGUCACGAUACGGUCCCGUCGACACGCCCAUCAAGCUCUGAGCCUCCCUACAGCAAGCAGCAUGCAUUGGCCCCGACAGACCCGUCCAGACUGUCUUUUAUAGUCUGCCGAAGUCUGCCGAAGAUGAGAGUCGCGAUCCGGGAGCAGCUCGCAGCCCUUGUGAUAUUUGCCGUCCUCGUUGCGCUCGCCAUUGUCUCGAUUCCAACAUGGAUAUUUGUCAACAAUUUUGUCAUUGGCGUUGAGUCGGGUGGUCUGCUUCUGACUGCCUCGCUCAAGGCUGCAAGGAUAUCAUCCGAAAUCGAUCUGAUUCAGACAACAUGUCUUACCAUCUCGACGCGCUUGAUGCUGCAACAAGCAUUCAAGAACUAUUAUCAAGGGAAAACCGAACCUGGAAGCGAAGAUCCCUGGGUGGAAGCCGUCGCCGAUCUCAAAAGCGCUCUCGGCAGCUCAGGCUUCUCGGGACUUGUGCAAGGCCGCUUAUACUCGAGGAAUUCAACCGGCAAUGCCAAUGGGCUAUUGAGUAUCACCGGAAAUGGAAACGGUGGCCCCAUUUAUCUUCCCUACCUGGGAAGUAACGGCUUGCCGGUUGUGCUUGGAGACGAUACUUAUGGCAACGGCUUCCCGCCCAUGCUCUAUCCAAACAUCAGCUACCGAAACAACGGCCGGCAACACCAGUUCGUCAACACGACAUCCUUCUCCGCCGAGGUCUUCCCCGGCGUGUCUCUCGGCAACGGAAGUGAUGGAAAUGGCAUCCUGCUUGGCCCUCUAGUUGUCAACUCCAGCUUUGCCCUGGUUUCCAUCACCGUUCCCGUUCGCCAGAACGACCAGCCCCGUUAUAUAUUGGGAUACAUGACACUCGUUGCCACUGCGAAUACCUUGAUAGAUGUUCAGAGGUCUCGGGAAGGGCUGGGUCGCACGGGAGUGGUCCUUUUCAUGGGCUCUACGAACCCUUGGAAUCACUUUGAGAGGCGGGUAGCGGCAUCGAAUGAAACAUGGCAACCGCCGCCGGACGAGUUCUCCAAAGAAGAUAUACACUUCCUCCUCCCACCCCAUCCGCCAGAGGAUCAGGAUGAUCGUCAUGACCAACACAGUUAUGAGUCGGGAAACUUUGGCACUCCUUUCCCCGUAACUUCUUAUCCCAUGGUUCACGACGUCUUCCGCAAGCAAAACCUUGAGCAUCCCAACUAUGCAAUCAGCGACCUGACUACUACCAACGAACAAGGGCACUCGGUGGCGGUGGGUGCUGCCCGACCGCAAACAUCACUGGUGUCAUGGGCUGUGGUGGUGGAACAAGAUGCAAAUGAGGCUUUUGAACCCAUUCACACCCUCAGGAGCAUCCUCUUGGCCUGUGUGUUUGGCACCUUGGGACUUGUGCUGCUCCUGAUCUUCCCUUGCGCCCAUCUCAGUGUUAUGCCUAUUUUGAGGCUCAAGUCUGCCACAGAGAAGUCGAUCGCCCCGCCAGGUUACGAGGAUGAAGACAGCGACUCAUAUGACGAAGAAAACCCCAGCUCGGGGGGCACAACUUCCGGGCGGCUAUCCGAAAAAACGAUCGUGGGCAAGAUUCGCCGUCACAUCCGCAGACGCAGACGAGCCAAGGCUCGGCAGGGCAUUUCGAAUGAACCCACUCGUCGACAGUUCAAGAUACCAGCACGUGUGGAGGACCGCAAGCACUUUGUGACGGACGAGCUGACGGAGCUUACGCAAACAUUCAACGAAAUGACGGAUGAACUUCUGAAGCAAUACACCUCGCUGGACGAGAAAGUGGCCGAACGGACCAGGGAGCUCGAGAUCAGCAAGAAGGCUGCCGAGGCUGCAAACGAGAGCAAGACCCUGUUUAUCGCCAACAUCUCGCACGAGCUCAAGACACCGUUGAAUGGAAUUAUGGGCAUGUGUGCAGUUUGCAUGGAGGAAGACGACAUCGUUCGCAUCAAGCAAUCACUCAAAACGCUCUACAAAUCGGGAGAUUUGCUGCUCCAUCUGCUUGAGGACUUGCUCAGUUUCUCCAAGAACCAAAUUGGGCAACAAGUCAGCCUUGAAGAGCGGGAUUUCCGGUUGGGUGAGGUUCGAUCACAGAUGCUUGCCAUUUUUGACAAGCAAGUCCGGGAGAACAAGGUCAGCUUUGCUGUUAACUUUGUCGGCACCGAAUACAUCGACGGAAACCCAAGUCCAGAACGGACAAGCAUCGACAAACGGCUUCCUGCUCUGGGCCCCCCUGGUGUCGGCAGGUUGAAGGAUAUGUGUCUCUGGGGAGAUCAGCAUCGUAUCUUGCAAGUCAUCAUUAACCUGGUGAGCAACAGCUUGAAGUUCACGCCAGCAGGAGGCAAGGUUGAGCUCAGGAUCAGGUGUCUUGGUGAGAUCGAGCAGCCAAGUGAUGAGAGUAGGACAUCGUCCUUCUCCAAAAAUGGGUCCAACCGCCCGGGACGAACGCGUCAUCGCAUGGGUUCCGGGUCAACACAUUCGGCCAGUUCCAAGGGCGGGCAGUCUCCAGCGUCACCACCACCAAAAACAGAUGGCACGGCGCUCUCCAUCAACCCCGUUGAUCGAAAGGUUUCCACCCACAUUCAAAUCAGAGAGCGCUCACCAACACCUCCACCGCCGAAUGCAAGAACGUACAUGUUCGAAUUCGAAGUGGAAGACACAGGCCCUGGUAUCCCCGAGCACAUGCAGCAAAAGAUCUUUGAGCCUUUCGUACAGGGCGACUUGGGCCUGAGUAAGAAGUAUGGCGGCACCGGUCUGGGACUGAGCAUCUGCUCGCAGCUGGCGACCAUCAUGGGCGGUAGUAUCUCGCUGAAGAGUACUGUUGGUGUUGGUACGACGUUCACCAUGCAGAUACCACUCAAGUACAUUAGAGAUCGUACAGCAUCCAGUAGUAUUGGGUCUCGUCCACAGAGCGUGUCUUCAGCAGACGGGCGCGCGGCUGCUGAGGCUGACCGGCGGAAUUCGCUAUCUAGAGCCUCCAACGACGUCCAGCCUCCGCCAUCUACCGUGCUCGAUAAGCAACCCCGCCUAGUAGGCCUGAGACAGCCAUUUUUUGCGACAAAUCUCACAGCCCGCCCUACUGCGGAGGAUCAGUUGGCCGUGAUUGAUCGCGCCAUGGAAAACAAGCCACCUGAGCAAGGGAAGCUCCGCGUCCUCGUGGCCGAUGACAACUCGACCAACAUUGAAGUUGUCAGUCGAAUGCUCAAGCUGGAGGAUAUCUACGAUGUGACCAUUGCCAAGGACGGGCAAGAAGCAUAUGAUCUUGUCAAAGCCAACAUGGAGAACAACCAGCGCUUCGAUGUCAUUUUCAUGGACAUUCAAAUGCCAAAUCUCGAUGGUCUCCAGUCCACUCGAUUGAUCCGAAAGAUGGGUUACUCUGCUCCCAUUGUUGCUCUGACCGCAUUCUCCGAGGAGUCCAAUGUCAAGGAGUGCAUGGAAUCGGGAAUGGAUGAGUUCCUGAGCAAGCCUAUCCGACGGCCGGCAUUGAAACAAGUGCUCAAGAAGUUUGCCACCAUUGAGGAAGAGCCCGAGACAUCAAGCUUGACGACAAAGAAAACCUCGCCAAACCAGACCCCGGCACAGACGCCAGGCCAAGAGAGCUCCGAUCCCCUUGCUCUCACCAAUGGAGACGCCGCUGCACCUAAGGCUAAGGGAACUGCCCAUGGCCCUCGUAUAAAUGGUUCGGCCUGAACUGGAUCUUGAUCUCCCGCCUUUCGAUACACUUUCUGUCAUAUCUCUUAUAAUCUGGCGGUUGCUUCUUGGACGAAGAUAUAAUCAGCAUACUAUUUCGGUGCAAGGCAUUUUCGGAUUUCGGUCUUUUUUCUUCUUCGUUCUUCCGAGCAAGGCGUAGGGCGUUUGCUGUUUUUUUUCUCUUCUAGCACGAUUCCAACGCCCAAUCUGCUUUUUGGGCGGGUUUCUAGAAUGCUCGGUGGGUUUGCCGUCUCUGCUGCUAUGCUGGACGGGACGGGCUUGCCCGCCAGGAUCUGCUAUAUCUAUCUUCUUUGCUCUUUAUUCUUUUCUUAAACCUUUCUCAUUGAAGUGUAGGAUUGGCCAAGAGCUUCUUGGGAUGGGGUAGCUCGUGUAUAUGGGCCAUAUUUUUUUUUGGGUAUCUAGUGUUGGACCGGCAAGGCAAGGGGAAUAAAAAGGGUCAGUCGGGUUUUCUUUGUGCCAACGACCAACAUAAAAACUGGUCAGGAGCAAAAACGAGAGAAGAUGCAGAGGUACAUAGUAAUUUUUCUUGUCAAUUUGUUGAUGGGAUGGGUGGCCGCGGUAGGCAGAGGUUGCUUAUGAGGUUGGAAGGGUGUGGUUAGUUUGCAAAUAUAGGA